UCCAAUGUCACCUUCCUCAAAGAAUAAGCUCCGAUCUCCGGUACUUGAUGGACGACUAGUCACAAUUCUUAGCAUCGAUGGAGGUGGCAUUCGCGGAAUUAUCCCUGCCAAGAUUCUUGAAUUCCUCGAAUCCGAACUCCAGAAAUUGGAUGGCGAAGAUGCUAGAAUUGCAGACUACUUUGAUGUAAUUGCAGGGACGAGCACUGGAGGGCUGAUGACGGCCAUGUUGACCGCUCCCGAUGCUAAUAAUCGCCCUAUUUACGCAGCUAAAGAUAUUGCUCCGUUUUAUGUAGAACAUGGGCCUAUGAUUUUCAAACAGAGUGGUUGUUGUGGAUGUGGAUUGCUUGGAUGGAUGGCUGCGUUAGUAGGUCCCAAAUACGAUGGCAAUUAUUUACAUGAGCUCACAAGGGAGAUUUUAGGGCAGACUAAGUUGCAUCACACGUUAACAAAUGUUGUUGUCCCAACAUUUGAUAUCAAGCUUAUGCAGCCCACCAUCUUCUCCUCCUAUGAGGUGAAGUAUCGGGGCUACAAGGACGCGCUACUGUCCGACAUAUGCAUCGCCACCUCUGCCGCGCCCACUUAUUUUCCACCGCAUAGUUUUACAAACGCCGAUGACUCUGGCCAGUCUUGGGAUUUCAAUCUCAUCGAUGGUGGCGUCGCGGCCAACAACCCGACAUUGGUGGCGGUGAGAGAAGUGACAAAAGAAGUAUUGAGCAGAAGCGAAGAUUUCUUCCCGAUUCAGCCUAUGGAAUGCGCAAAGCUGCUGGUGAUAUCGCUAGGCACAGGCUCAGCGAAGCGGGAGGAGAAAUAUACGGCAGAAAUGGCGUCGAAAUGGGGCAUUUUGGGCUGGCUCUUUAAUGGAAAUUCCACACCAAUAAUCGAUAUCUACAAUCACGCUAGCACAGAUAUGGUCGAUUAUUUCUUAUCAGCAAUAUAUGAGGCUCAAACUUCUCAACAGAAUUAUCUCCGCAUUCAGGCUGAAAAUUUAACUGGAGAUAGGUCGUCGGUGGAUGUCACAACAGAUGAGAAUCUAAAUGAUCUGGUCAAAAUCGGAGAAUGUUUGCUGCACUAUCCCUUUUCAAGACUUAAUCUGCAAACAGGAAAUUCUGAGCCUGUUACUGGCGGAGGCACAAAUCAGGAUGCUUUGAUUAAGUUUGCAAAAAUGCUCUCUGAUGAACAAAAAUUUCGACAGUCGAAAUCACAAACACAAGAACUAGAAGGUCAUGGCACAGUUGACAGCACAGAGUUGUGGUGACCUUGAGGUUACAAGUUCAAACCCCACCACCCGUUGGGAACUUUCGACCUUAAUCCGCAAAACCGAUCAAGUAGGAUUAGUCGGAUUCUGCCAAAUGCGAGUUCAGUACACCUUUUAUCAAACCAAUAUAUAUAUAUAUAUAUAUAUAUAUAUAUAUAAUUUGCUCUCAAACAAACUUAUAUAUAUAAUUCCUCUGAAUAAUCCAUCACCUAAAUAGUUUGUAUUGAGUUGGAGGAGACUUUAUAAGUGUGACAUUAAAUCAAUAAGCAAAAUCCUA